AUGUCUAGCAGUUUGCUGCAUGUGGCAAUUACACUGCAAAAAUUAUAUAAUUUCAUCAUGGGAAAGUUGAGUAAAACCAAAGAGACAAUAUUGUCUCUUGAAGUAGUAGAUAUGUUAUAUCUUCCAAAUAUAGUCACAGAAGAUAUAUCUGACUCUACCAACAACACUUGCGUAGAUUCUAAUGAGACUGAUAAUGCAGACCAAAAUAUUAAUGUGAAUGCCAUAAAAUAUUUUCUGAGUCUGAGCCUGUUCCACAGUGUUGCAAUUUUAGAAAACUAUCUGGAGACGUAUGUGGAACCCAACUUCUCUUGGGAGCAUCCAACAACCUAG